AUGGCAGAAGCCGAGAAAAAAUAUUAUAUUCUUGUUCAAGAUCGUGUGGGUUAUCUGCAAGAGAGAAGCGUGAUGUCUUUUGGUGCAAUGAAGUCAACACCUACACAGGUAUUAAAAGGAGAGUUAUUGGAGGCUCUUCCAGAAACAGAGCAACCUAACGACUCAACAAGAAUAGCUCUUGCUGGAAUUGAUCGGAAAAAUUUACGUCUUGAAUGUCGUACAGAAGACAUAACGCGACUCACGAGCGAAGAUGCUAACCUACUCUUGGCGAUUUCUUCAGUAGGUUUGAGAUAUCACACUUUUAUUGAUAGGAAACGUUUAGAUUUCGGGAGACAGAUCUCACCCGGAAGUCAGGUGUUCGUGGAAGUGAAAGGUUUUUCCAAGAAAUUACACGGAACCGUGUGGUACAUUGGUGAAUUGAUAUCCCUUCAUGGGACCAUGUUUGGCGUAGAGUUGAUUGUAAGUAACUCCAUGUGUACAUGUAUAGUGGAACCUCGUUAAUUAAACAUUGUGUGAUGUGCUAAGGGACUGACAAAAUACGAUCGCUAUACCAAGGUUUUUUUUAAGCUUAUAUCGAAUUUGCUUUCUUCACAUUUUACCGCAAAUGGGGCAAAAACACAUUCAUUAUUCUAGGACUUUGUUAUAUGGAGAAUUAAAGGGUUGUUAUAGUGAGGUUCUAAUGUAUGUUCUCUUUGUAAACUGAACUCAGGCCCUAGUUGUGGUUGUUUCAUGCGAAAGUCAAUUCACCCGAAGUUGUUUCACCAGAACGUAAGUUAAUUCACCCGAUGACAAACAACACUUUACAACAUGCCUUAUCAGUAAUGCUUUUUAGUUAAGCUUGGAAUCUUUUUCUGCAAUUGUCAAAAAAAGAUCGAGCAAUGUGAAUGGUCUUAGCACAUUCAAGAUAAGGAAAGACUGUACAUAGGCUGCCCUGCACAUAAAAACUGAAGUCUACAUAUACUUAAUUGAUCGCAGUGAUUGCUAUCUCGAUCUUUGAUAUACUUUGUGUGAAGUUUUAACUGAAAAAAGCUGUUGAUGCACAUGUGCCGUCACUGUCUUUUUCUCAGGCUUAGGGAAUGAUAAAUAAACAUUGGGUGAAUUGUCUUAAGUCAGGCGCAAGACAACUUCAGGCAACUUGUCUUUGGGGCGAAACAACCUGUUACCCAAAGGGUGAAUAAGAUCUGCUGGCUAAAUUUCUAUCCAGCAGAUAAUGAAUUUGUUUCCCAUAAUUGUUAUCUUCUGGAUAGUGAUUUAUUUGUUGGAUAGCAUUAUCCAACAUUUGAACAAGGAGGACUAGAUGUUGGGUUCAGCUUUAUUGAUUACUUUUUGAAAACCAAGCACUUCCCUCUGUACAGGGCGUAUGGAAAAGCUGGACUCCGGAAUCCGGAACCGGAACCAGAACUUAAAUUGAGACCAGGGUAAACUGGGAAGCACUGAAACCAGUUCCCGAUACCCGUGUGGAAAUAAAAUUCAAGAUGGCAUCCUCUGCUAUCAUUGUUUUGAGAAAUUUUCAGCGCAGUGAUCAUGAUACCAAAGAUAUACUCAUCGCCCAAAAGAGCUUACGUUUGGUUAUUUAAUACAUGCAUAUGUUCUACUUUAUCAAACGUGCUUACACAUCACGCUUAGACACUUUUACCAGAAAAAACAAACAAACAAACAAAAUAUUCAGUUGUAAUUUACAUGACUUUAUAAAAAAAGAACAUAACCACUAAAAUUCGAAGAAUCAGCCCAUGCUGUUCCGCCGCAGACUCGAGCAUAAAUUCAAGGCAGAACAACUUCACAUUUUCACACGUACUCACAUUUCAAUCGAUUCUUUACUUUGUCACGAUCUGUAAACAAAAACAGAUAUGUUUUUGUAAAUCGGUAAUAUUUUUUCAAACUCGGUAAAACGGAAAAGAAUGAAAACUUUUAUAUUCUUACUCAUACCUUUUGUUAAAAGGGCUCCGUGUUUCAUCCAUUGUGAGGGAAAGGCGGCAAAGGGAGGAGGAAUACUCAUGUCAAUCAUGAUCCCAACUUGCAACACUCACAGGUAUAUGAAAUUCUCGAAGAAAAAUUUUGCGCUGUACGCAAAAAAUGCGACAGUAAAAAAUAUAAUAACAAUAAAUAAAUAUAAUGUGGGGAUGAAAAGUCUUGAUCGAGCAGUUAUUGUUAGUGACACUCUCAAGACAGAAACGUCUCCAAUUUUUAUUUCUUAGGUUCGGGUUCCAGUUCCGAAUUCCGGCUUUUCCAUACGCUCCUCUGUACAACUUACUAUGCCCAAAGGUACUGCCAAAUGGCUGAGAUUCUCUUUUGCAAACAGUUUCACAAGUUAAUUGCAUUAAACCUAGCAUUGACUGGUACGUGUAGCCCUGGUGUAGUCGGUCAAACAUCUGGUAAUCAAAUUCUAUCAAACCAGAAACCCAUAAGGGGUUGAAACGUGUAACUCGCGUUCAAUGCUCGUGAAUAUUCAUUUUGACCAUAUUUGGAAACCUUAGUGACGGAUAUCCAUUUUCAACAAAAUGGCUGCUACGCGAUCACCAUGCAGAUGUUUUAAGACAAGAGUUCUGCAUUUCAAGGUUAAAAAUACACCGUUAAAAGACAAAAACUGGAAAGAGAAAGUUCGAAAGAAUGCUCAGCUUUCUUUUUGUGGAGAAAGGGAAGCUUUUCAUCAAGAAAUCGUCCUUCGAGGAAUUCAACCUUGUUUUCUUCACGGCGGAGCCCAUAGUCUGCUUUGAAAUGAAACCAAGUCAGCGAAGUUUUUGCUGAAUUUUCAGGUACAUUUUGCAAUCUAUGGCCAAGACAAUUACGUUCUUGAAAGUAAAUUUAUUUAUUUUUAAAUGUUUCAUAGAGGUUUUAUAAAUUUUUCUCUUAAUUCGGCGUUGAAGAAAAAUUACAAAAUGUGCCCCGAUUUGAAAUAGAUUUUGUGUUGAAUUUUGCCAUGUGUUCAGCCGAUUUUGCUUGCGUGAACGGAUCCACGAUCCAGAUAGUGUUUUGCGAAUUGCUUUAAAGGAUUAACUUUUUGGAUUUUGAAUAAAAAUUUUCAAGAAACGGCUUCUCUGCCUAUUGUUUUGAGUUUGUUCAUUCAUAAAAUUAGCUCAAAACACGAUUGUGACCACAAACAUCCAAGCUGAAUUUAAGCUUAAUGCUUCUCACAUUCAUUACAUGCAUCACUUUUUGCGAAGAUGUCAGGUUCAGGUUUUCGACACUUUUCGAUAUGCAGCUAAUGAAUUUUAUUGGAAAAUAUUUUUUACUGUUUAUUCUAGACUUUUAACAUAAGAAUUUUAGAAGCCUAUUUGCAGUAUAAGUUUACUGUCCAGAGAGUCAACGAGGCAUCGUUUUUUGAAGUGACAACUUCAAGAAGUCGCAAGGACAUCAGUGGAUUUCAUAAUAUUACGUUUGGCCAGGGUGGUAAGCCAAUAAUAUCCUGCUCAGAUUCCAAGUUUCAACCUUCGAAAUCUUUCUCGGCUUUCGGGAGUUUUUCCCCCGUUUGUCGUCCAUUUUUUUAAGCGGGCGCGGGAACGUGAAGUAAAAUUACGUCACGUUGUUUACGAAGUUUGCUUGGUCAGUUAUCUUUUCUUCUCGUUCCAAAUAUCGUACUUUUGAAAAUGAAUAAUCACGAGCAUCGGACAAAGCAAACAUAUGAGAGUUACACGUUUCAACCCCUUAUGAGUUUCUGGUUUUAAUGAAAACGUUGGAGCAGAGGUCAGGAUACUGAUUAAAGCCCGCUGAAUUCAGUUUUGACAUUUUUUUGAAUUUUACAAAUAAGGCUACGAAAUCGAGUUUUGGAACAGGUUUCUCAUUCUGAAUAAUGUAUAGACUGUGCCUACUAUUAUUAGGGGUAUAGCUUCAGAAUGGCCGGGUAUUCUGCAGUUACUCCCAAAACUACUGUUAUUAUCGUUAUACAGUAAUUGAUUUUUUUACACACUAAAAUGUUACAAGUAAUUCAAAAUUAGUAUUUACAUCACAAAUUAUGAUUAUAUUCUUCGUCUGCGCUGUUCAUUUUCUUCGUCAGUCAGCUGGUCGUCAGGUCUGUUCUACUCGGUAAGUUUAAACUCAAUAUUUUUUGGAAGUACAUGAAAUCUUUUUUGAAAAUUUUGUAGGUUUAUUACAAAAUGCCCGCUAAAUUGAGAGAAACGUAAAAAUAACCGCUUAAAACAUUAAAGGAAGGUUAAUUGAAAUAACACAACAGAUACAACAGAUGCCACGGAUGGGCAAAACUGAAGAAAAUUGAAACAGACUGAAAUUAGGGUUUUUGAAAACUGUUCAGCCUAAUAGUUUUUCAAAGUUGAUCUCUGCUGUUUGCAACUCAUUCAAAAAUAAUGCUCAGGAGACAUAUUUGUUUGUCUCGAAUUUCUGAUUUUGUCAUUUCUUUGCUUACUUUAAGUUUCAUAGCGAUUGAGGGCGAUUAAUUGGCAAAUUGAAACAAAAUGAACUGGACUACCGUGAUACAGCCCCUUUAACACAACUACCUGUUAUAUUACUUAAACCCCAUUUACACGCGCUAAAAAAAUCGGCACGGGACGCAUAAUUUUUGGCACCGUGCUGACGAUUUUAAGACACGGCAUUCCCAAUUUUCGACGUGUAAACGUAUCGGUCCCAAAAGUAAUGUGGCACCUGAGUGCUCAAAAUUUUAGGGGUCGGGUAAACGAGGCACGGUGCCCAAAAUUUGGCGUGCCGUGCCGUGCCGUGCCGAUUUCUUUAGCGCGUGUAAAUGGGGUUUUAAUUUGCCAGUUCCAAAUUUAUUAAAAUUCAUCCUUGGAUCCAAGGCUAAGCGAUAUAAAGAAAAAACCGCAUUGAGAUCGAUUAAGGGAAGAAUAAUUCAUUUCUUUUGUUUUAUUCCUUUUAGCCUCUGAGCCAAGUAUCUUCAAAGAGACACCCUGCACCAACCUCAAUUCCUAUGACCAAUGUUCGAACGCACUUAUUAAUCCUGAUUACUUCUAGUAAAUAUUACUAUUUUUGCUCGCGAUGGCUUCAUUUGUUAACAAUACCGAAUUUGCUCUUUUGACACCCAGCAAGUUUAAAUAGCACUAAUCCAAAUUUACACAAGGAAAAAGAGAUUCUGCAUUCUAAAACCUAGAACAAUUAUUGACUCACGCAGAUCUUGUUUGCUUAUGCGAAAAAAACUAGGAAAGACUAGUGGUGAUUGAAAAUAAUGAUGUAGAAGGCCUAAAUAGAAUAACAUUUAGCCUUAAAUGUAAUAUAAACUCUUAAGUGUGACAACAUUCGCCCUUUAAUGCUAUGACGUCAUGUUAACGUCAUCAAUGACGUAAGUAACACGUCAUUAACCAUCUAACCUGGUUGUGAAAUGGCCCCCGUCCUGUUCGGGGCAGGUGAGCGGGCUCAUUUCUCGCAAAGCGGCUGGUAUUCGAGCCUAGCAGCUCUUAUUUUAGCACUAAUAAUAUAUAGAUUUAGCCAGGCCUAAAAACGAAGCAUUCGUCUAUAUACUUAUAGCUGUAGAAAUACUUGUGUCACAGAACCUCGUGAAGCUCAAUAAACUCUGAGCCAAAGAAAUUAAGGACCCUUCCAUUUGCCUUUUGAGGGACUGGAGUUGAGUUAUCAUUUAAGAAAAAUUACAAACACAUCUAAAAUGAAAAAUUUCCCCCAUCCCGCUUGGAACUAAAACAAGAGAGAACUAAAACCAUAACACAGUAGCUGGCAGUAGUGUCAAAUUUUAUUGAAAUGCAAGUAUGAUAAAUAAAUGUUAGAACAAUCAUCGACGUCCGCAACUGAUGAAUCCUUCUGAGAUAACUAAUUUUCGAAGCUACAAAAUUAAAUUUUUGGGGCAAAUAUUCCCAAUGCCUGUAAAGCGAUAGCCAAUCGUGCUGCCUGAGAGAUAAGCUUAUUCAUAAUGGCGGACGGCUACGUUUUUUGAUCGCUCCGCCACUGACCCUAAAAUUUGCCGAUAUGGCGUCUAAUGUAAGCUUAACUUUAGAGCACGUGAGCAGACUUCUAAAACAGUCUUUUUUUUCACCUGCUUACACUCUGGCUUGAGCUGGAUGGGAAGCUAACUAUAAAACCUUAUAGGAGCGCGCGAGUGCGGAGCCCCAUAGCUAAGUAAAUCUACCCAUCCUGGAAAAUUUCGUAAUCACGUGACCGUACACCGAGCGACCGUCCGUCCCACCACAAGUAGCCUCCCACGCAGGCGUUUUUAGGGGGAGCUCGUUUUUCGAAAAGCGAACUCCCCUAAAAACGCCUGCGAGGGAGGCUACACCACAGGCAAACCAAAUAAAAUGACUCAAUCAACAGGUAUGGCAACCCAAAUGCAACGGAAGAAAAUCGCGUGGCCGCCCGGAUUUUAGGGAGAAAAAACAAAAAACAACACGUGGACAACAGAGAAAGAGCUAGGGAGACGAAUUUCGUUGGAAGAAAAACAUGAAAAUUUCAUAGCGGUGGUGAGAAAAUGAGAAAUGUUAGCGGCCAGGUGAAAAUGAGCGACAGUGAAAACAUAAAAGCGAUCAUGAACACAGGAAACAAAAUCUUUGGUAAACACAUACGACAAUUCCUCCAUAAAAAUAAGGUGUAACUAGGACGUUUUACGUUUUAGUCGUACAAAACAGCAUUGUAGUCGUGACAAACAACGGAAAAGAAAGACAAAAAACCGUGCUGCACGUGCGAAUUUGUUUUUUGCUAAUUAGAAAAAAAGUGUGCUGCACUAGCAAAUUUGGUUUUUUUUGCUAAUUAAUCUAUUGAUCUUGAUGCCAUUUUUAUUGCCGUCCGCUUUUAGCAUUAUACGAUUUUUUUUUCUGUUUAUAAGUAUUAUUAACCAGAGCUUCGCUUUUAGCCGUGGCUCUUAUAUCUUAUAUUUGCCUUUAUAACAAACCCUUGUUCAGCGGACACCUCUAUUAAGCGGACGGAGACACUAAAUUAAAUUAUAUUUUUCUAAUUUCUAUUGUUAAAAACCUCUAUUAAGCGGACACCGGACUGAACUGACAAUAGCAGCAUUGAAUCAGGGGCACCCAACGACUGUUUUUUUACUCCUUGUCUGUUUAGACAACUAAAGGGUCCUUCAAAGGCAAUAUUUUAUUUAGUAAUUCUUUAUUUAGCUCAUGGUGAAAUUACAUUUUUAACUUUACAUAACUGAAAUUUGUGCUUGGUAAUAACUUUGUAACAUAAGAUCCGAAAACCCCUCGAGUAAAGCUCUAUACUGGAUGGGUUAACGAACAUCCGACAGUGAAGAGAAAUGGAAAAUGGAAAGUCUCCCCCCAAAAAUAAUAAACUAAGGCUUUGAUUGAUUGAUUGAAUUUCAAAAUGAUCUGUAUAAGCUGUAGUCUUUGGCAGUUUUGUGUAAUGUCAACUGAGCGUAAUUAAUAUUUGCGUUAUGUUGAUAAUUUCGACAAAAGUCUGUGAUUUCUCGCAGUCCGUUUUUAAUAAAUUAUUUCUAAUUCUUCUCAUUUCUUUUUCUAACUUAUUUCACGGAUUUCUAUGCGUGUCACGGCAAUCUUAAUUUGCUCAAUCAGGCUCAUUCUUGGUGGAAAAAAGUGAAAAGACUAGUUCAGGACUGUAUGUGGAUAGGGACGACAUUCUACUUCAAAGACGACACUUAACCCAUUCGUCCCUGAGCCGCCCGUGACCGCCCGUGCAGAUCCGCGUCCCUUCUACCGCUUGUGACGUCUUCAGUUUUAAUGGUCAAGGACAACUUUGACCGCUGACUUGUGUAGAGUGAAGAAAUCUUUCAAACCAUACCAGAAUAAGGACAAUUCAGUCACGCACAACGUGGAAAAGGUAAAAAACAAUGUAACAUUUACCAGAAAGUUUCCAUGAAAAUCUUGUUCCACUACCCACCUGCCUUUUUCAUCUAAUCCUAAGAUCCUAAAAGCUUUCCUAAAAAUUUUUCCACCAAAAUAAAGCCUUCUAAAUUCCCAGCAAAAGAAAAACAAAAUGAGGCAAGAAAAGCGAAAAAAGAGGGAAGAAGAGAAAUCGAAAAGUAAAAGUCAAGAUAGUGAACUAAAAAAAUCUCUCAAAAUACCACUUUAACUCAACCUUUCUUUAGCAUUGAUCCAUGCACAUUUUAGCAAUAUACCGCUACAGAUGAAGCAAACGCUAAAUCCAGUGCAUUUGUUAUAAAGCAAACAGAUUGUGGACAGAUUGUGUACAUGUUGGCCCCGUGUGGUCAAAACAGAUUUAUUACAAAUCAUGAACGUGACACAACUUAGUGGAGGUUCAAUAAAAUGAAAUUUCCCAUACCCUUGACCAAUGACCACUACGUGCAUUCUGGAAUAACUGACAAAACAAUCAUUGGUGCUUGGUGCAUAACCCCAUUAUAUGCCAAUAUUAAAAGGCCGUGGAGGAAAACAUUCUAAUGAAUGACAAAUAAUCGCGGAUUUCUAUUCAAUACUAUUCGAUAAGACAAAUAACCUCUAUUCAAUCUGAACUUUCUUCUUCCGCAUCAGUUAACAUCACGAAAAUUCAUGAUGCCAUUUCAGCUGACAAACACGCGAUAAACUCAGUUCCAUUUUUCCAGCCUUGGCAGGGGACCACAAAGUUGCUUUCCAAGGAAUCAUUCGGACAAGGUCAGUAUGGGCUUAUCUUAAACUCGCUCAGGCAUUUGAUCUGUUCCUCAGGUGACUUCGCUUACAGAGGGUCUCCGUAAAAUUAUUAAAAGACCCUACGAUCUCGAAAACAAAGAACAAGAACUCGACCGCUCUCAGGCUGUGCUUUGACCAAAUUACUAUAAUAUAAAGAAACAUCAGAAACACAGCUGAAUGGGAUUUGACGUAGGAGGAAUACGAAUUUCAAGUUAUGAAGAGCAAACAACUCUAAGGCCCGGUUCAGACGCCGAUCUUUUCAUGAGCCGAACCCAAUACAUUGAAUUAAGUACAUGAAAAGUUCGGCACUGAAUCAAUCGACCUUGUCACGGUUUUUUCGACGCCAUCUUCACGAGUAGGCAAACCCGACGUGAGAAAGUACAGUGUUUGUAUGAGAAUCUAAUGUCGAAUAAUUUCCGUGAAUGGCUGUUUUAAAAAAUAUGUGAACUGUAAACUAAUGCUUCACUGUUAAGGAUUCUACUUAAAAAAUUUGAGGGCGUUACAUGCGCUAGAAGACUUAGAACCCUUUUUUAAAAUUUUCUAUUACAUUUGUCUGUAAAAAUUUCCGGGGAAAAAUUGCCGACAAAUAUAUGGAAAAUCUAAAGCAAGCUUCUGGAGAAAUUUAAGCGCAGUAACGGCCCCCAAAAUUUGUUGGUAAAAUCCUUUGCUGUGUAGAAUAUGAGAGUUACACGUUUCAACCCCUUAUGAGUUUCUGGUCAAACUUAAUUGAACACAAUCCAUGAUUGAGUUUUAACUGGCUUAGUUAAUAAAUCAAAAUCAAACAAACUUUUAAUCGAACAAAACUCACAGAUUGACUUCUUCUAUGUACGGCAAAGAAGUGUGAUCAAACUCACAAAUAAAUGGCUCAAUUGAACGCAAUCAAAAUUAUUCCCAAACUCCAGACAGGUAUAGUAUGAUCAGACGACACAACAGCCAAUUUGUACCAGAGCAACCAGUGUCUCUGAUAAUGGUAAUGGUCAACGGUUAAGAUUGAAACCCACCAUUGGCCAACCAUGAGUGAGGUUUAUGAUACACCAAUCUGUAGCAACAAUGGUGGUACUAAAAAAUUAAUAGUCCUCAGGGCUUGAAAAAAAUCUUGUUUGAUAGUCUGGGUCAAGUAGAUUUUCUUGCUGGGCUAGUAACUAUUAAAGCUCACUUGCCCAAUAUGCAAGGGUUUAGAAAACAUUUCUUGACUUCUAAAACAGGCCAGCCAGGUUUGUGGUGGUUUGUUUACUCGCUGCAGAUACCAAAUUGAUGGUCAUGUUAUGACCUAGACGAAAGAUGACACUUUGCUUAGCAAUCCUUGUGGAAGUCAUGCACGAUGCGAAUUCAACAAAAUUAUAAACUUGCUUUGUGAGGAACAAGCAAGUGUCCUUAAGAGCUGCUUGCCUACGUGUAUAUGUAAAGGAUGGCUGGAAUUCAAGUUUUUGUCUUGCCCUGAUGCCACUGAUUCAGUAAAUGGCACCACCACGUGAUGAAGACCUACAGUAUGAUUAAGGUUGAAGUGUUGCGAUUACUAACUUUGUGUCUGUUGCUUGUGAGACAAUCGAUAGCACUGUGUAGGACAGUAAAUGCUAUAUAUUUUCUGUGACAAUAAGUUAUACAAGAUUGCUGUUUUUGUUGGUUGAAUAGUUCUACAUAGGUGAAUGAAUUAUUCAGUACUUAGUAAUUAUUGAACUGUUUUGAAAUCUGGUGUUUGUUGUAGAAAAACCCUGGCCAAGGAACAUCAGACGGAACGUUCAGGAACAAGAAAUAUUUCACAUGUCCCCCAGACUCAGGAGUUUUUGUUGCCCUUGAUAAACUUACACCUAUUGAGGAUUCAGACUCAAAACCACCAAAAUCUCCAAAGAGAGAUGAAAGUAGUCCAAGUAGUUUUGCUUCAAGAAUGAUUCCUUCUAUAUUUAAAGGCAAAAAUGAUAAUGAGCGGAAGGUACAUAUACCUCGGAAAGGAGGUGAUUAUAAAGUUAAAAUUGAUGAACGAGUUGUAACAUUUACUGGUGAUGCUCCUGUCAGAGGAACUGUUCGUUAUAUUGGUGAGGACAAAGACUCACAUGGACAAGUUCACACCCUUGUAGGGUUAGAGCUGGUGAGUUUAACAGUUACGUAGUUGUUACAAUGUACAUGUAUGUGUGCAAUAGACUCUUAAUGCCAAUUAUACUUGCCCCUCAAAGUAAAAGAAGAAGUGACAUAUAUAUACUGGGUAACCUUAUGGCAAAAUAAUGAUCUAUUUUUUCAUGUCCACACUUUUUUAUCUGAAUUGAUGAGAUUUUAUAAAAGUACCUAAAUAUGUAUUUUCCACCUGCUAGCAUUCCUUUAAUAUAAUUAUCCUCUUUGUUUUGUUGCUGCUUUGACCAAUAACUAUUUAAUGUUAUUUUUUAUUUAACUCAUAGGGCAAACUUGUCAAUAAAAUAUGUUUAAGUAAAAAAUAAAAAUAAAUAAAUAAAAUCCUCUGAGAAAAUUGUAGUUUGGAUGGUCAGUUGCUUGUUGAAGCAUUUAACAAGAAAUAUAAUAAAUUGUGUAAUAAAUUAUUUAUUAACCUUAAGAACGUCAUUUGGCAUUUCAGUGUUUCAAACAUCAUUAUCAAGAGUGAGAAAAUAAUGUCGUUUCACACUAAGCUUUUCUAUUAAGAAUCAUCAUACUUGUAAUAAUGAAACAUGCACAAAGUAUCUAUUUUAUUCAAACUUCAACUCUUAACAACUUUGAGACUUAACAUUUCUCACUCUUGAUAAUUAUCUUCAUAAAAACAAAACAUUAUCAGCGUGCAAAGAAAGUAGUGUCCAAUAGCCCAGGGCUAGUGGAUUUUGCUAUUGGGCUAGUGAAAUCUGUUUUUAACUUGCCCGACGGGCAAGUGAUGUUCUUUGAGGAAUUCGAAUAACAAAAGAAAUGUGAAAUCAAUUCUGCUCGACAAAAAGCUUUUGGGGCUAGUUGAAAUGACGUCUGGGCUAGUAAAUGCUAGCUUCAGCUUGCCCGAAUAGCUUUUUGCUUGUAUCUUGUUAAACGUUUGAUAGUUACGUUCAGAUGUGUUGAAAAAAUUACCACAUCAUCUUUUCAACAAUUUCCUUGAAGUUUAAGUGCAAAAUUUUUGUUCAGAAAGAGGUAAUCCAUAGUUUUAAAAAUCACGUUUUGGUCACGAGACCAGCGAUGAACUGACUCAUUAUUUUUAAGAAAAUGGUGCGGGUUUGAAAAACUAAAUCACUAUUAUUUUGUUUAAGAAUUACAGCUGUAUGACCCACUAAUGGUUUUUUGAAGGCAAAAUCAUAUAACUUUCAUUUUCGUAAAAAUGAUGUCACAUGACAUCUUAGUGCAAAUGGCGUAUUACAUGUAUUUUUAUGCUCUGAUUCCAUUAGGAUGCUAGGUGUGGAAAUGGAACUGGCAAAUGGAAAGGAAAGCAACUCUUUGUAUGUAAGAGAGAUUAUGCAACAUUUGUUGAUAUUGAAACUAUUAUACCUGAAAAAGACUUCGAUCCAGAUCCUGCGAAGGAUGUAACAUCACCAGAUAGAGGUGAAAUGAUGCCAAAGUCAAUGGGUUAUGAUCCUGGUAGAUAUUCAGGUAGGAUUUGUUAUAUACAUUUCUCAAUUAAAACAAAUAAUGCAUGUACCCCCCUUUCUCCUGGAGAGUUUAUUGUUUAGGACCCCCCAUUCCUCUGGAAAUUCCAGUCUAGGUAAAAACUUUCCUUUUAAUAUUUUGGCCUUCAAGAGGCUCUUACCCUUCUUACUAGUUCUCCUCCCCUUGUUGUGGACAACCAGUGCCAUGUGUAACAGUAUUUGGAUUGAAAGUGCAUUUUGAGCUUUUUGCUACUACUGCUUUUGUUCUUCUUUUGGAAUUUAUCAUAUGAUGAUAUUAGUUAUAAAAAAAUUGCAUAAUUAAUUUUUGUAUUGGAAAUGAAGUGAAUCGUGGUCAUGAAAUAAGGUAUCUUGUCUUAAACAGGGAAGGGAAAUGAGGGGUCAAGAUUUGAAGGCCUCAGUGGCACCUCUACCUUAACUGCCCCCCUCCCAUCAGAGCACUCACUUUAAAGUUUAAAAAGGGUUAGAGAAAGCCUGCUGGCAGGGUAUAGAUUGAACUUGAAAUUCAGUGACGCACUCACGUGUCUCUGACCCUUAAAUAUUUAGCAAUUAUUGAAUGAGGCUGAGUAUCGUCUGAAGAAUUGUGGAGAUCAAGAUAACACCCUGCGAGAUCUCCAUAAUUCUUCACAUAAUCAACAGCCGAAUUCAAUAAUUGUUUUAUCAUUCAUUUACAACAAUUCCCCGUUAAAAAAAGCUAAACAAUGCUUGCCUUCGUGGAUGUUAAGUUCAUCUCGAUAGUGCAUGUUAAUCGGCAAGUUUAGGAGAUAAAGGGUUGUUCAGCUCCGCAAAUAUUCUCCAAGUAGCAGAUGUCAUCCUUCAAGUUAUCUUCUUGCUGUUCUUGCUAUGUUUUUAGCCAAUAGUUUGCCUAUUCUUCCUGGUGAAACGAGUGGAAAAAACAAUAUAGCUGCUUAUGAUGAUUGUGGGAUUUUAGCCAAUCAGAAACGCAGAAAUAUUUUGAAUGAAUACUUUAAUAUUAUUUGAUGUUAUCAGUAUUAAUUUUGUUAUCCCUGGAAUGUUUUGAAAGAUAACCUUAAAGUUUCUUCUGACAAGGUUUAUUUAAUGUAUAGCUGUAUGCAUCAUGUCCUUGGAUACUUUGUAGGUCACGAAUCUGUGAAAAAAGUGAAAAGAACAACUUCAUUUGACUCAGCUGAUCACAAUCUUAUCGUGGCCGCUGGUGAAAGUAGCCAGACUGAUUGUGCAGCGUUCAUAGAGCAACAAAAACACUUGCUACAUGAGUACAAGAGUACAAACGUUUCUCUGCCUACAAAGAGGGAUGUUAGGAUGAGCAAUGAUGAAAGGACCCACAGUGCUGGUAACAUGAACUUCAGUGAGAAUCACUUCAAAAACACCCCUCCAAACAGUGAUCUUAAAACCCCUCCACCAAUCACUAAGCAACCUGGUUUAAGUGUAUCUAAUGUUCGUGGAAGAUCAUAUCAUGGGUUUGUUAACAUAGAGAAGGAAGACUAUGACGAACUGAUGCAGCCUCAUGAAAAAGGUAGGUUUGAUACAUUUUCGAGGUUUCAUUCCAAUCAGGAUUUUUUUGGUUGGAAAAUUUGGCAAAGUAUUAUUUUGGAGUUCCUGGAUUUAAGCAGAGAUUUUGAGGGGAAUUUAAAACAAUCUGAAGAAAACCAAACAGAAAUGAGAAAUAAGGAGAAGAAUAGAUACUGCAGUACAGGCCAUAGGAACUGCAGCAUUUACACGCCUGUAAAAUGCAUGCAAUAUGGUGGACUUACAAACAAAAUACACGCAAAAAACACGCAUAUAAAACUUUACACAAACAAUUAUAUGCAGCUUAAAUCCGACUCAAGAUGCAUGUACAGUCAAGUCUCACCUUGUGGACACACCGUUAUAACAGACAACCCAAUUAUAAGGACAGCAGCUAAAUCCCACGUAAAAUUAUAUUAUUUUUUUGAGUGGAAUAAACUCUCACUAUUUCGGACUCUCUCUAAUGAGGACACUAACUCAAGGUCCCUACAGUGUUCUCUAUAAAGGGAGUUGACUGAAUUUAUUGCAUGGAAAUUCCCUCUUUUAAUUUUACAGGCAAUCUGGUCUAUUUUUUUAACGGCAGAUCUAAAAGAAAUCGUAAGAUGCUGAUUGAUCACAGUCUCUUCACAUUUGAAUUUCAGUUAGAACUAACACGUCUUUAUUUAAAAUGGAAAUUAUUUGAGUCAUGUUUUUCGCAUUCAAAAUGGCAUUAUAGAUGCUUGAAAGAAUCUUUUUGCAAUUUAGAUCUGAAAAGUUGCAGUCUACUUCAUACUCUGUAGUCAGCAGUGUACUGUGUGUUUACAGUUUGUCAUGCUGUCCCAUGCUGUACAAUUUUCCAUUAGAGCAUACCUGUAGCAAGAAUGUUAAUUGCCUAAUCAAAUAAAAUAGCUCAAGCAUACAUCAUAUUCCCAUUGAGCAUGCUGAUAAUACCAACAGACUUAAACCUCAAGUUCUUGUGCGCUCAGCAAUCCUCACAAGUGCAUCCAUAACUCAAAGGAAACGUAUGUUGAGAUAUGGAGCACUUGGGAAGUUUCAAGAGCACUCAAGAGGCUAGAGUUGCUUGAGGUGCACUGUUACACCUCUUUGUGCUCUCCAAACUUCCCGCAUGCUUCUUAUCUGCGACACACGCGUGCUGACUCAUGAACCAGUUAACAGUACUUUAAUGACUACAUUUAGUCAUCCUGCCCUUAUUUCAAGCCCUUUAAAAGAAAACUUAUUAGGCAGAUCAUGUUUUCCGCAGUUUGUAGAUGGCAAGCGGCAGGGGUGCUCAUACAAUAUAAUGUAUCUCAUAGGAUAAUAAUUUAAAAAUUCUUUCUCAUUUUUUCUGUAAAUGUGAAAGCACUCGUAAACCUUUCUGUAGUUAACAGCGAGCAAUAAACAACAAGCUAAAUGAAUUGUAGUGAAAAAUAAUAGUCACAUUGUCAUCACUGCCAUUGGCUUCACUAAUCAUGACUUUUAAACCCUCUCUGAUAUUACAGUGGGAGGAGGCUGGCUCAAAACUGGGCUGGACCACGAACCAGGGUCUUUAAAAGACUUUUAAAAUCAUUGUUGUUGUGAUUUAAGAUCUUGAGUCAGUUAAGAUGAUCAUGUCAUGGGGUGCAUGUGGUGACAUUAAGCCAUUGGCUUUGUCUCCUAAUCCUUCUAUCAUUGGUCAAAUCUAAGGGGAAGUUUUUGACUGCAAAACAGUCCGUAUUUUUGCGUAUUCAAGUACGCGCGAGCAGUCAAACAAAAGGUCUGGAACACGGGCGUGUGAGGCUCGCGCGCUUCGCGCCCGUAAGACUCUUACGCCACGCGUUACCAAUUUCUUUACUGAUUUUAAGAAAAAAAACCGACUAUUUUCAGUGUCGAGGGAAGUUGAAAAGAACCCAAAGAGUAGGAGAAAUUUCCCCGAUGCUGUGGUCUACUUGUACCUCAUUGCGCGCAUCAUUCAUAUCAUGGGCUCGUGGGUUACAGUAAGGCUAAGCUCCUAAAUGGACUGAUAGCAACUGCUAGUGACACCCUUGUAUGAUGACGUUUGAGCUUGCUGUUAAUACCUAAAGGAGACACGUGUGUUGUCUUCUGAUCUCAUCCAUGACAUUCCAUUCAUUCUUUCUGUAGACCAGUCUUCAAGAGGGUUUUAAUUAACCUCCAGUAAUUUUGAUGGCAGCAUCAUCAGGAGAGAGCUUAAGUUGACGAUAAAACAUGUUCGCAAGGGUGUCAGCGAUCAUUUGGGGACAACAAGCGCAUUAUUUUCAUUCUUACAAUGUAUGCUAAAGCCUAACCUAUGUUUGUAAUUUCUUUUGUAUCAAGACCCAGUGUCACCAAUGGCAACUGAUGAUGAGGUUGUGUCAGAUAAUUACAGCCCUGUAGAAACUAACAAUAUGGAAGACAGUGCUUUGUCAAAAGAACCUGCUGAGCCUCAAACUUCUGUUGUGCAUGUAGAUGAACAGGCUUCAGAUAAAAUGACAGGUAACUUAAUUACAUUUCUCUGUACUUAUGCUCCAGUAAUGUAUUUUAAUUAAUGUGAAAUUUCUAUCAAUAACAUUGCUGUGGUUUUUUUUUUUGCAAGAAUGACCUUGUCUGGCUAGGAAGGGGUCAGCAAGAUACAUGUAUUUUGAGAGUUAGGUGAGGGAGUAAAGAAGAAAUGGAGAAAAAAGUGAUGAUCAGAAAUCGUUGAAGAAUGAAAAUGUGUAAUGUGCUUCUCCAGAAAAUAUCUUCAUGCACAGUCAUGCAUAUGUAUACCACCCCCUUGGAGGGUUUUGGGUUCCCCCCCUUCUGGAAAUUCUGGUUUAGGUUCAUGCUUUCCAUAAAAAAUGAUUGCCAUUUAGACCCUCCUGCCCCUCAGAUUUCCUUUAACAUUCCAUUGUUAUUAUUAUACAGUCAAUUCCCUUUCAGACAGACACCAUUUGGACCAUUAGUGUUUGUCAAUGAAAGAUGUCCAUCUGAAACGUUCAUUUAGUGUCUAAUCUAGCUGUCCGUUUUACCAACUUGUCCACCCUAUAGAAGUGUCUGUUAAGAGAGUGUCAACUGUAGACAUUUUUUCUGGAAGCACACAAUGUAGUAUUGUAUUUUUCAAGUAGUGGACUUUUUAAUUUGUCAGAUCUUGAGGCACAAGCAAUAACUGAAAUUCCUCAUGGCUUUGAAGUUGGCUCGAUGGUUGAGGUACCUAUGGCUCAAGGACUUCCACGAUAUGGCGUGAUUAAAUGGAUUGGAACUCUUCCAACACUGAAGGAUAAACUAGUCGCUGGACUAGAGUUGGUAAAAGAUACAAUCUUAUGUUUAGUCCUCUAAACACGGCAGGUCUAAUCCGCAGGUCACAGGUCACUUGACGAAAACUGCUCUAAACCAUGUUAUUUUCCACUCAAAAUAUUAUUUUGCAUUUCUGAAUGGUCUUAAUCGCUUGGCUACAUGUGGUACAAAAUUAUUAGAAAUAUAGUGUGUAAACACAGACCGACGUAAAAUAUGGAAGACUUGCAUCAGCUAAUAAUAGAACAUAGGCUAACGUGCAUAAGCUAUUUUGAACGCUUCAGUGUAACCAAACCUUUAGUAUGACCGUACCAAGAAUUUUAACCUUUCACCCUAAAUUUAGACUGUGUUUUUUUGUGUGUGCGGUAUUGCUGCACAUGGAUAUGAUGAAGGGAAUAAAAUAGCGGGUGAAAACGCUUCACAUUGUACACAACUGAGUUGAUGGUUAUGUUAUACAUUCACUUUUCUUUGUGUUUCCUUCAUUUUAUCUGGUGCAAAUUAAAAAAAUGUCAAAGUAAAAGGGAUGUCAACUCCCCAAAUGUUGCUUCGAAGGAAGACAUGAAAGUUUCUUCGGAGUUUCCCAAGAUACUGUGGUUCAUUGAAUACUGAAUAGUCAAGAAAUAUCGCUGUCAUUAGGGUAGAUGAUUGCAUCGUCAUAAUUCACGAGGGUUUUCGCAUGCCAUCUAUUCUCCUUAGUGCAACAGGCUUUUAAAUUCUUAAGACUUGAUUGUUCAAGUUUUAGAAUCAGUAUUUAAAAUCAAUUAUUAACAUUUUGAUGUGUAAACCUUCGUAAUACAUUGUAUACUUGUAUAUGAUUUUUUAUACUCCACUUUCAUCCAGGUGAAACAUUGUGUCGUAAACUCCAUAAAAUGUCUUGGAGGAGCACUUGUCUUAAAAUAUAAACCUAAACAGCUGGAUCACUGUACUCAGUGUUUGAGUAAAAAAGAUAAUUAAAUGUUAUUCUUCUAAACACCUUAGGCCAUAAUAAACAACGAAAAAAUUGUGAUGAAUCGAGGUGGCAGUUUCAAAGUGGCCUGUUUGACGUUUAGCGAUAUCAUGUUUAUAUGCCAAAGUCUCAUGGGUUCCUAGUAUAAACUCAUAGUAUCUCCAACCUUAUUGGUCCAUCACCCUGCAACACACAUACAAACAGACAAAGAAUACAUGAUACAAACAGAGAAACAUACAUGCGCUCGGACCACCGACAUAUGAGCUACCGUAAAAUUCUGAAAAUAAGCCCGGGGCUUAUAUUUUUCAAAGGCCCUUUUUGAGGGGCUUAUAUUCAGAGGGGCUUAUGUGUGGAGGGGAAUUUGCGUUCAAAAAUCGAUUAUGCUAGCUUAUAGUUGGAAGGAAAUUUACCAUUUUUUCUCUGUCUUACUUUGAAUUUGAGAGCACUGUUUUCAAGUACAAGCCCUCGGGGGGGCUUAUAUUCGGAGGGGCCAUUUAACAGAGGGUUUUGUUGCUUUACCGGUUUGGCGGGCUUAUGUUUGGAGGGGCUUAUUUUCGGAAUUUUACGGUAUUUUUUCAAAUAGCUCAAAAAGUAUUCAAGUGAGUAGAUUGAAAUAUCCAAUUUGCAAAAAAUUGUUGCUCUGAGUUUUGGAAUUUGUUUGCUAAAUAGAAAAUAAAUGGGUUAAUGUUAUGGAUGGCAUCACAUGCAGACAGUGGUGCAGUUUCUGAGUUGUUUUGGCAUUGCAGAGCUUUAGAAAAUGGCAGAAGGUUUCAACUGCUUCGCAGAUAAUAGUGAACUUACGCAACAGAACGGGAAGGGGAAAGAAGACGGCAAACGUUGUGUGACAAAAGUGACAAUAAUUUUCUUUGAAAUAACUUUACGCCAAACUUCCCUUUCCUUUAAACAGACGUUUUUGCAAAGACCAGAAAACAUUAAUGUUAAGCGGGGAUCGUGACAUAAGAGCAAGUAAUAGCCCUGUCACGUUUGUCACACACAAGUGUUUUGCCGUCCUCUUCUUUCUGCCGCUCUGUUGCGUAAACUCACUAAUAACAGGCCAAUGACUUACUCAAAGAGAUAGCAGGAAUGGACCAAUGCAUGUACACACACACAAACUAAAGUAAAAAUCCAAACAAGAGUAAAACACUUAAUGAAUGUUGACAGUCAACACUGUCAUAAGCAACACUCUUUGGUACACGUUGCUUGCCUGGUUGAUUGGCUGUGUACGGAAACAAUUAGAAAAAAAAACUCAAUUAAUAAAGGUAAUAGGACUGAGUGGAGUCCAAUUCGGUCUGUAAUGAUACGAGUGAUUAACGAAAUAUAGUGUAGCGGGAGUCCGAUUUACAUAAUGAUGUAAUCACGAGUAUGAUUACAGACCGAAUUAGAUGGCACAAAUUUCUGUUACCAUAACAAACUUUGUGAUAGUUAAGAUUUUUUAAAUUUAAACCACAUGAUAUAAAAGUAAAAAUAUAAUAAAGUAUGACAACCCUUUUCUCAUCUUUUCCCAAAUAUGUAGUUAUGAUACACCGCAUCUAGAUGUCAGUCAUCUUCCACGUAAAUUAUGAAAACUUGGACCAUACUUAUUGACCUAUCAAGGUCCGAAAAUAUGGAGCAGUAUAGAUAACAAAACACGUAAAAUUAAAUAUUUACAUUUUAUUUAAGAAAUGCAUAAAAAUAAAUAUAAUUGAAAAAAAAAAAAAACAGCAGUAGCAGAUCGUCCCUCUAAUUAAAAUACUGUUUAAUUUUAUGGCUUCGCUGAUCAUUUUCAUGAGAAUUAGAAUAGUAAUUACAGUAGAUGAGAAACUAUAAAAUUGUGAUUAAUUCUAUUUCUAAUCAUUAAGUUUGUUAAAAUGAUGAUAAACUAGCUAAGUUGCAGCUGAUGUCAGUUUUAAAGGCAUCUAUCAUUUCAAGCACUAUUCUGCUUUUCUAUAGACUCCCUCGUCACAAUUAAAAUGUGAUAACGAGUCUACAAUAACGUAAUCAAUGUAUCAGUGGUGGAAGCAAUUAAAUGAAAAAUGAAAACCCAUUCAAGUGCGCUAGCGAUGGCGCGUUAUGUCUAAUUACUUAAGCAUGACGCGUACUGUUCCAAUCAGACAAUUGAUAGCCAAUCAGAGUUGAGAAUUUUGUUUUAGCUAUGAUUAACAUAAAAGUGUAAUUAAAGAUUAUUAGCGUACAGGCCAACAAAUGGCAAAUAAACAUCUGGCAUAUUUCACAUCUUAUAGCACUUGGAAAAUCUUAUCGUAUAGUACAGUCUGUAUGUAAUGGCAUCCCUUGCACUUAUUUUGGGGUAAUUGUUUCUAGUCUGUGUAAUGAAAUCAUUAAUUUUACUUAGAUGCUGUAAAACUUUGCGCAUAACAUUUUGCAUCAGACUGCUGUAACAAUCCGCUUUUUACCUACUGUUGAUCUUAUUACGUUCAUCAUUUUUGUAAGUCAACUGUUAUUACCUGCCAGCCUGCCGCGUUGAGCUAUUGUGACAUGUACAAUAAGGUAUAAGAUAAUUGUGAUGAAUACAAUAGGAGCAGAUAUUGAUCUCAGGCGGUCAAAAGUACAAGACCCUUUCCCAGAUACUUGUUUUGAACAUAGCAAUGUUUUAUGCCAGCUGUUCACACUUGUUACUGAGAUGCAGUUGGAGAAAGUAGUUUAACUACUAAGUUUUUUUGUAAGUUAUGUGACCUUAACCGUAUUAAAGGAGUGUUUUAAGAUAAUGUUGUUGUUAUUAAACUUGUUAAUGUUAUGUUACUUGUGUUACAGGAGGAUGAACAAUCUGCAUGUUCAGAUGGAACGUUUGGUGGAGAAAGAUACUUUUCAUGUCCUUCAGGACGAGGUUUCUUUACCCUACUGGCCCACUGUAGACAAGACUCACGCUUCACUCCUAAUUCGCCAAUCAGUGACCCUGAUUACCAGUCCAGCAAAGGUACAUCCGAUGUGUCUAAAACUGUAUCUAUGUAAUAGGCAACUUUCGGUAUAUUAAAAUUCAGCAUGACAACGAGUCUUAGAGGACACAAACAAAGAAAAUGAAUAAACCAUGAUUAUUCAUGUUUAUUCAUUUUCUUUGUUUGUGUCCUCUAAGACUCGCUAUCAUACUGAAUUUUAAUAAUCGAAACUAGCUUAUUGAACUUCAAGUCUUUUUGUCUUUAGGGACUAUGUUACAGUACGUACAGUGCAAUCUUUGGUACAGUGUUAGUUAGCCUUGUGCUAAUAUCUCAUUUUUAUUGAAUUAUUUAAAGGUAUUAAACUUAAGAGAUAACAAAAAGCCCAAUUUUUAGAGGAACCUACACCGACACCCAACGUAAGGAUGCCACACUUGGAUGUAGCAUAAAGUGUCCUCCUGCAUAUUUGUACCUUAAACUGCAUCUCUUCCCAUUUCAUGUUUGUAAAUGACUCUUAAAUUUUCUGCAAUAGUCUUGCAUUGCCCUAGGCUUUGCCCUGAGAAAAAUUGCAGGGAGCCCUGUUCUCUGAACCUGUGAAGUCCAGGGUGCACAGUUUGUAAUUUCAUCGCAAAAACUGAGUUUUUCUAGUUGCCCGGGGACAAACGUUAGUUGCUAGGGGCUACUGGGCCCUGCUAGAGCACAGCCUUUAUUGCGGCAGAAAGACCAAAUACUGAGAACCCAAACUGCUGCAAGAGUACUUGAGACACUGUACCGUAUUUUGAUGUAAAUGGCCUGUCAAUGAUCAUGUGCUUGUGGCCCCCCCUCCACCCCUUAUCAAAGUUGCUAGCAAUACAAGGCCAUGCUCAAAACGUGGAGGAACAACUUUGAAUGGAAAGCAGGAGGGAGGUUAGUAUUUUAUCUUACAGACCUGUGUCUAGCAGCGAUUUGAAGCAAGAAAGGUCGUUUUUCCGUCGUAAUGUCUAAAUAUUAAUUUUUUUGCAACUGGUUGAAGCUUUCUGUCCCAAAACCUAGAAGUAUUAUUCUGAGCUGCUCAGCCAGUGAAUUUUGCACCUUUUAGUAAAGUUAUAAAACAAACCAGAUCUUACGGAAGACUACACUGUACUGUAUAAUGCACUGUUAAAAUAGUGUUGCUGUUACAUUUUUCAUGUGAUUUCAGCCUUUGGAAGUUUGCCAUCCCCAGAGGUCAAGGGGGUUACCACUCCGCAAUCGUCACUAUUGGACGAUCACUGUGGCAGCAUGAAAGGUCUUCAGGGUCACCAUAACUCAUGUUAUCUUGAUGCCACACUCUAUGCCAUGUUCGCCUUUUCCGUUGUGUUUGAUACUUUGCUACACAAAGAAAAAAAACAGGAUGAUCUGCCAGAAUAUGAAGAUGUUCAACAUGUUUUAAGAGAAGCCAUUGUCAAUCCUUUGAGAACGUAAGUAGAUAAAAAUAGGUAAAGCACUUGUAGUGUUAACUAUUCUCAGCCCCUCUACUUUCUCAAUGCCAAGCGUAAGGGAUGCAUAUUAUUUUUCAAGAAUUGCCAAGAGAUAUGUGACAAUUCUUGAGAUGCAUACUAGCUUAACAUGGUCUUGUCAAUCUGCGCUUGAUUCUCUAAAUUAGAGAUACGUGUACAAAAAGUGCAUGUUGUAAUGGAAAUUAUUAUAAUUAUUUUCCUAAACCUUGUGAAUUAAAAACUACUGUAUGAACUUGACUGCGAUCAAAACAUAUUAAAGAUAACAUAAAAGAGAAUACAACGAAUGCAAAAAUUACAUUAUACUUAGGAAUAGCAGAAGACUAGCCGCACACCAAACCCCCCCCCCCCCGCCCCUCCCCCACCCGCUACCCCCACAACCGCCAAACCAUAAAGCCCAGACGGUACAACAACCAACCCACCACCCAGACGGCCCGCAGCCUGGCACGCCAGGCCUUAACUCCCGCUAACAAAUUCCAUUGUAGACACUACUUGCUAUAAAAACAAAUUAACAAAAAAACAAAAGAGAAAACAACGGAAGCAAAAAUUACUUUAUACUUCGGAAUAGCAGAAGACACCCCCCCCACCCCCCCCCCCCCCCCCCACCCCACCCCUCAAAUGAAAGCACAAGCUAGUCACAACUGAGAUCGGGAGAGGGGUGACCACCUCUACCAUCACCGUAAACUGCUGCUUAUGGGCCCCUGGCUUUUAAAUCUUCGUAAGAGGUUUUAGCAGGGCUUAUAAACGGAGGGGCUUAUGACCGGAAUAGAAACCGCGCUUGGAAAACAAGCUAUAGCAGUGCUAUAGUUCCUAAUUAUAUACGUUCCUAGUUGCUUUUACUGGAUUUUAAUUAAGCGUAAAGGCAUCAUAAUAGGUCUAAUUCUUCUCAGUGCAUUUGGAGGGGGGCUUAUAUCCGAGUGGGCUUAUAAUUGGAUGUCUUUUUUGUAUACAGAUAGCGGCAGUUAACGUUAUUUACGUCGAUGUAAUGGUCCUGUUAUAAAUCUAAUUAGUCGUUGCUCGUAUUUAUCUAUAAUUAUCUUUAACUGGUCCCGAAAUCAGUUUGUUGAUUUCCUUUUCUUUUAGUUUCGGCUUUGUUAGGGCCGAUCGCAUUCUCAAGUUAAGAGAGUUAUUAGAUAAACUCAGUUCAACAGCAGGACUCGUCAAUGAAGAGAAAGGUAAUGGCUAAUGUUAGUAAAAUAAUGUAUGAAACUUGAUGGGAUCCACGGUUGGAAGGUUCCUUGUAGGCGGCAAGAGGCAAGAUACCCACUUUGUAACCCCGUUUUGUUUAAAAGAAGUACGUUAUUUUGAAAAAAUAAGCCCUUGUUGAAUGUGAAUCAGGAUGACAUUAGAGAGAUUGAGUCAUGUUUACGACAAACGGCAAACGUGAAUUUGUAUCACGUGACCAAGUUUUCCCUAAACUUGUGCUUUAUUGUUCAUCGCUUCUAUCCCAAAAUUAGUAGGAGCCUCAGGUUAGUCUUGUCUUUAACAGUCGUUUUGGACUGUUUUUAGCAGCACGUUUUCUGUUUGGAGAAAUUCUCAACUUGAAUCUGACGUUUACCGUGAACGUCACUCUAAAUCUCUCUAAUUAUAGCUUUUCAAUAGGCCUUUUUGCAAUAGUUGGUCACGAGAUCAACUUUUUGUAAACACGAAAAUAGUUUGCUUUUAGAAAAUUUUGUUAGCAGGAACUGAAAUAGUAUAUUAAAAGUAGGUAAUCUGUAAAUGUUGAGUCGUAUAUCUGAAAAGAAGCGAUUGCAACGGCUGCCGAGAAUUAGCAGGAUUUGUAAGAAAAAUAACUCUUGCCACCCAGUCACGCUUGAGUGGUUUUCCAUACACAUCCGUGUAAUUUUUGAAAUUUUUAAACCUUUCCCUAACGCAUGUACGGGCUCAAAUUGCCUGUCAUGAAUAAAAAGGAGAUUUGAGCCAAGUAACGAUUAAGGAAAUAGUUCACGACGGUUUGAAAAUUUCGAAAUUUACAAGGAUUUGUUUGGAAAACCAUUCGAGCGUGACUGAGUGGCAAAAGUUGUUUUUUCUCAUACAAAUCCUUCUAAUUUUCGGCGGCUGUUGCAAUCGCUACUUUUGGGGUAUAAGGCUGAAAAUUUACAGGUUACCUAAUUUUAAUAUGCUCUUUUAGCUCGUGCUAACAAAAUUUGCAAAAGCGAACUGUUUUCGUGUUUACAGAAAGUUGAUCGUGUGAUCAACUAAUGCAGAAGGCCGUUUUUCGCGCUAAACUUAAGAUAGAGCUCUUACAUCAUAUCACCAUAAUUUAUUCCAAUGUGGUAGAAAGGUUGGAAAAAUAAGUUAAGUACCAAGGAAGCUUUAGAAUGAACGGUGCUCACACAUACAACACUCUACCGGGAGACAUCACUAAGACAGAUCGAGACGCUCAGUGAAUUUUAAGAUUAACCUCAAAUGCCAUCAUAGACAAUAAUGCCUACACUGAUAACUUAAUUGUCUAGUCUCUUUACGUUUUUAAUGUCUGUUUUUGUUUUUGCCAGGGCUCCAUGUAAACUAGCAUUGCUAAACUGGAUGCUCCUGGUUAAAUAUUGAUUUAAAUAAAUUUUAAAAAUUAGCUUUUUAGCUUUAUAACACAACAAAGUUAAAAGUAAACCGUGUGUUCUGAUUGGUUAAUUACGCAUUUUUUUUUUGCCCAUGGGUGAAUACACUCUUCUCACAUAUGGUAAUAUGCCCGUCUAACCUCGUUUACGGGUAAAAAUCCUUUUGAAAUUCAAAUACGAAAACGUCGUCUGAUUAGCAUUUCAAAGGACUUUUACUCAAAAACGAGGUUAGACGGGCAUAUUACCAUACGUGAGAAGAGCGUAUUCUGACGAAAGCUAACGCCCUCUCAAAGCUGUACGUGUCAAUUUCUACGCGAUUGUGUUUUCUUUUUACCUCAAAGCUUUGGGAGCUAGUAUACGUAGAACAGCUAAUCAUUGUUGAUCAUUGUUAGCAAAUUAUCCAUACAUGUAAUGUAAUUGUAUUAUAUUGAUAGUAAUAAUGAAUUUUUUGUAACGUUUCAUCGUUAUUCUGGUAUUGCUAGAUCCUGAGGAGUUCUUGAAUUCUCUUCUCAAGCAAGUCUUGAAAGCAGAUCCAUUCUUGCACUUGAAGUAAGUGUUUCUGGCGUUUGCUAUUCUGUAUUUGAACUUCCUUUUCAGCUUAUUCAUCGACAGCUGUAUACUAUCGCGUUCUCUUGUAAUAACGUUCAGAUCUUAAAAGGUCUGAAUUGCUUUAGGCGAUAUUUACACUAUGCCGGAUAGCUCAACACGAAAGCCGUACCUUAUAGGGCUACUGUUCACAAAUAUAAACAUUGUGAUUUCGGCGCAAUUUUUGUAACGGAGCGACGCUGCGCCGUGCCGAUCUUGAAAUUGGAUUCGCAUAUAUUGCGUAAGUAAAUAAGUUGAAAAGAGGACUGGGACCCACUGAGAGGGAAGUAAACGCUGAUUCAGAAGUAAAGAAUGAGAAUUAGUACCAAAUCCUGUCGGCCAAACGCUCCGGUUCCAAUCUUUGAUGUGUAUGAGUGCCUUGUUCCAGUUAAGUGCCUUUUCCUUUCAUACCUUUAUGUGCGCUCGAACAUCUAACCGGUAUAGGGAGUGUAGACGUGAUAAAAUUGGCCUCUUCCUCUUCAGUAUAGAACAACAACCAGCAGUUGUCCUCCUUAUUCUGACCAGGUUACCAGGCCAUUUGACCAGCAUGUUAUACUCUAGCCUGCGAAUACAGCCGUCCCUCCUCGCCUCUGGGGACGUUUCGCUGGAAAGAGAAACGGCCCUAGAGUUGAUGAGCGAGCGAGCAUAGUCAUGCAUGAAGACCAUUGAUUUCGCAGUAGUUAUGGUGUUACCGCGUCUUAGGCUCAGAAAUGAUUAUUAAUCUGAUGUGGGACUUUUUCUCGAAGAUCCAGAGAUGAACGUAAAAAAGAUAGCGAAGGAGCGUUCUUCUACCAGAUUAUAACAGAAAAGAAUGAAGCGGUAAAAAUACCCAUGGUUCAAGAACUGUUGGAGCAGUCCUUUCUUUCAGCUGAUAUCAUCCUCUCUGAAGUAAGUAGUGUACAAUUGUAGCAUAGAAACUCGAAAAUUAAUCAUAUUUUUGUAAAAUGUUAAAAGGAAUAGUCCACGUUCGAUAUACAUUUUUUGUAGUAGAGGGCUUUGAAUUUGAGGACGAGAACGAGAUUUAACUUAAAGUUUUUGCUCGUGCUUUCCAAAAAAAAAAGACAUCCUGGAAAGCUUCAUUUUAUCUUUUUUCACCAAACAAGUUAGUACGGUUAUUUAUACUGAAGGAUGUUAAGCCCUCUCCCGAUAGCAAAAUGAUAAAACUUCUUGCAUUUUGAGCAAUACUCAGUAUUGAGAAAAUCUCGUACUCGUAAUCUUCCUCGUCUCAGAAUCUAAAGCUCUCUAUUAAAAUUCUAACAUGACUCCGAGGCUUCAGGGUCAAAAUUGCAAAUUUUUCAAGACUUCUUUGUCUUGCAAUUCCCAAGAGACUUAAGCACAAAGAAAACCAAACCAAAUAUAGAAAAAUGACCAGAAAGCCUCGGAGUCAUGCUAGAAUUGUAAAAUUUUAAUAUAUCGAACGUUGUCUAUUUUUGCGCCGUGAGUGGCUAGAGUAACUUCGUUAUAAUUCCAUCAGGAACGCACACUGAGGUUGUCUUUACACUAUACUGCAUAGCUUUUGCGCUGGCGCCAAAACUAUACCGGAUUUGGCUUCUGUUCGCACGUAAAAAUGCUGAUUUCGGUGCGAUUUCUGUAACGUAACGAAGCUGUGCCGUACUUAUUUCGAAAGUGGAGAGUCACAUAUUAGAUAAGUGUUCAUCCUAUCCCAGAUGGCGUUUCGUGUCGGCACGGAAAGCCAUCUGGUAAGUCACGCGCGUUACAUUUUCGGCACAGGACAACCAGUGUCUUGGAGAGUGCGUACAUGUAAGUCAUUAAGAAUGUUACAAAAGAAGUGAAGAUUGUACUCAAAACUAUCGUCGUGCGGGUAGUGCUUCUUUAGCACUAAGCUGUUGUUUUUGAAUCCGUGUUCUGUUUCUGUGGGGGUUUUUCGUUUGUGUUCAUUUUCCUUUCUUAGUCGUUUUUUCAUGUGUUUAGUAGCCUGUGUCGCAGGCAUCAACGGGGGUGGAGGAUUAGGAGAAAAAGGACCUUGUUUUGCGCCUACCCAAAUGGGAAACAUUACCCUGUUUUAAAAUACUUCUGUCUUUUCCUUUUUAAACACUUUCGAGGUAGUUUUUGAAACCAUUAUUUCCCGUGGUAAAUAAGUCUUGCGCUGAAGUGAUCGCAAAACCUUGUAGAUAUUUACUCAGCUGUAAUGUUUCCUUCUAGCUUACGUAGCUAGCAGGAUUGGCGGACGAGUGCUGGCAUUGUUUUAGUGGCGGAGUCGCGAGCCGCUCUCACCCAGGCUCGCCGGCUCGAAAGGCAUUACAGGAGAGACUUUAACGGCUAGUUCCAAUUCAACUGACUGAAGUUCUUUGUUUGCACAGGUUCCUUCGUGUUUAAUUCUUCAGAUGCCACGAUUCGGAAGCAAAUAUAAGAUGUAUGACAUGAUCCUACCAGACUUAGAACUUGAUGUCACUCACAUUGUGGAAAACGGUAAAUAUUUUUCAAAGUUGGCGUUACUAUUGGUACUCUAGUCCUUUUUGUCGUUUUUCCAUUCAUUCUCGGCAUCCCUCUUCAUUUAAACUCCGUGACCCUCACGGUCACUCAACGCCACGCUCUUGGGAGUGUUAAAAGCCAUUCGUUUCUUGUCUAAGAAGGGGAGCGAAAGAGGUGGGGGGAGAGGAAAAUACCAUAAUAUCUUUUCAUUAGCUUUACUGCUUCAAAUCGCACCAGUUGAGCUACGUUGUCUGCUGUCAUUGUUUUUUUUUUAUGCAUGUGCGUAUUAGUGUCCCUGAAUUAUCUCUCAGCGAGAGGGUCAGUAACUAAACUGCUCCCCUUCUCCCCUCCCCUCCCCCUCUGCUUACCUCUUUCUUUUUUCUUUUUUAAAGCCCCAACAACUUACUUUACCCAUGUUUCGUUGUAGUUGCACGUGAGUGUACCGUGUGUGGAAGUGAACCAGCACAGUUUGAGUGCAAAAUGUGUUAUCAAAAGGGCGUGGUAGCUGACAGGGCCGGGAUGCCCAGUUACUGUGGAGGCUGUAACAGCAAGAUACAUUUACAUAGAGAUAGACAAAAUCAUAAGACAAGGCCUGUAAUACUACCACGACAGUUCAAAAAUGAGAGAUGGAUGCUUGAUAAGCAGAAGAUGGAACUGUUCGCUGUCGUUUGUAUAGAGACAAGUCAUUAUGUUGCCUUUGUCAAGUGCGGAGAUGGUGUCGAUAAAUCUUGGUGCUUCUUUGACAGCAUGGCGGACAGGAAAGGUAACUUGUUUGGGUCGGUAAUGUAAAGGUCGAUUUGAUGGUCGGAUGCGGCUGAUGCAUUAUCCAUCUGGCGUCGGUUGUUUAAACCUACAAAUCAUUAUCCAGAGGAUAAGUAUUAAGAAAAACAAUGGCGCUGUCUAGUGGAUAACGUUGUCCACCUUUUGAACAACUGGUUGAUGUUGAUUGAAUCUUUUAAGUACUAUUUUUCACAUAUCGCCUGUUUGUUUGAAAUUCAUGUUGCGUAUUCAGGCCUACACUUGAAUAACAAAGUAUCCCGCUCUCAAAUGCUUUUGACGAUUCACCUGAAAGAUCUAAGAACUCCGCAAUUUUUGUUUUGUCGUGUUACUUUACCUCUCUUUAACGAGUCUAGCGAUACCUAAAUUAUGCGUUAUAUUGACUAAGCGUGAAUUCUAGAUUGCUGGAUAAUAACCUACUUUUUUGCGUUUUUAUUGACCAAGACGAAGUCGUUUGUAUUCAGUUAAAGAAAAUGAGGGCAACAAACAGCCAUCGUGACAAAAGAAGAUUGGUCAAUAAAGGAUUUAUUAUACUCUGGCCAAAAAGGGAAAUUCCGAACGGGAAAGAUCGGGUCAUCUUGAUUGCUCGAGUAGCAAAUCGGAACGCAGGAUUUGCUUCAUCUUUCCCGCUCGCAGUCUCUGCCAUUCACCAUUUUCACUGUGACCGUAAUGCACCAUGUUUAACCCCCCCCCCCCCCCCCACAAAUUUUUGUUUUCCCCUUUUUUUUUUUUUUUUUUUGGGCGUCUUAGACAUCCACGAAGAAAUAAGAAAAAUAGAUUUAUAUAAAUAUAAAAAAAAAAACAAAGGCAGAAAAAUUUGAUUGUAAAACGCCAACUUGGAAAAAGAAAAAUGGUCGAGAAAGGGUUUUAUAUAACCUUGGCAAAAAAGGAAAGUCCGGAAGGGGAAGAACGGGUACUUUUGCAUUCCUCGGGGAGAAAUGGGAAACGCGGAUUUUGUUUCUUUUUCCCCGCCGCGCGUCCUUCCAAUCCCCCUUUUCCCCGUGGACCGAAAGCCCCCUUUUUAACCCCCCCCCCCCCCCGAUAAUAGUUUGCAUUACCCGUUUUCUUUGAUUUCUCUUGGGACGACUAUAAUACCCAGGAGAAAUUAGAAGCAAUGGUUUUGCAAAAUUUGAGAAAAAAACAAGGUGCAUUAUAUAGUCUCGGUGAAAAUGGUGAAUAUGAAAAUCAUUUUAUUCUAGGUGUUAGCUUGCAAGAGGUUCGACUGCAUUAAGUCGAUUACUUUUCAGUAACAAUGACUAUUUCACGUAUUCUAUUGGUUUAGGAGAAAGGAAUGGCUACAAUAUUCCGGCUGUGACUCGCUGCCCUGAAGCAUUAGAGUGGCUCUCUAAGGAUCCCAAGGAAGUUAUUGCGGCAAAAGAGCGAGGAGAAAUCCCUGAAAAGGUGCGACGUCUCCUUGGAGAUGCAUAUCUGUGCAUGUACCAGAACCUUGAGAUGACAAUGUAUAAAUAG